AUGUCGGCCGCCAGCACCGAGACUAGUGCUCCCCUGCCACCCGCCGGCAGCCGUGUGUUCUUCCAGGGAGCGACCGGGGUCGGUUGCGUGGGGUCCGGCCCCAUCACCGCCGGGGAUGACCCGGUCCAGAAGAAACAGGGCAAAGUGACGGUCAAGUACGACAGGAAAGAGCUGCGGAAAAGACUCGUGCUGGAGGAGUGGAUCAUUGAGCAGCUCAGCGAGUUGUAUGACUGUGAGGAGGAGGAGAUGCCGGAGGUGGAGAUAGACAUUGAUGACCUGCUGGAAGUCAACAGUGACGAUGAGCGAGCCAUCAAACUGCAGGAAUCAUUAAUAGACUGCUACAAACCAACAGAGGAAUUUGUCCGUGAGUUGCUGGGCAGGAUAAGGGGAAUGAGAAAACUCAGUGCACCAACUAAGAAGGGCCUAUAAUGGCUGCCAUGUCAACCAUCAAUCAACCAUAAUCUACGUCAUCUCAGCUCCACCAAGUUAACCCACUCGACAUGGACUUCCAUCACACGGUAUAACUUAUCCAAAACAUAACAGCAUUAGUAAUUAUUCUACAACCUGCAAAC